GACAUGAUGGUGUCUGAAGUCUGUGGCGGCACCAUGAUGUGGGGCACGUUCAACCAAGAGGAGAAGAUGGCUCACGAGCAGCUCGAUGCCAUGGUUCGCUUGGGGGUGAACUUCAUCGACACCGCGGAGCUGUAUCCGGUGCCCCCGGUAGAGGGAAAGCUGACGGAGGAAUGGAUCGGCAACUGGUUGGAGAAGGCGAUCGCUAACGGCACUGUGAAGCGAGAAAAGUUCUACAUCGCCACCAAGGCGAAUCCGUCCAACGUCGGCGCGCCAGAUCUUGAAGGCCGAAAGAAGCCUUGGGGCUUUGAUGCGGAGUCGCUGAUGGCCUCCUGCAAGGCGUCGCUUGGAAGGAUGCGGUGUCAGUACAUCGACCUUUACUACUUGCAUUGGCCCACCCGGGAUACCCCGAUCUUCGGCUGUGCCUCCUUCUUCUCGGGAGGCAAGGAGCGGCCAAUGCCUCACUUUGACAAGGGCACCAUGGCAGACUUCGAGGCGCAGGUGCUAGCGGUCAAGGGCCUCUUCGAUGCAGGUUUGAUCAAGCACUGGGCGCUUUCCAACGAGAACAACUACGGGGUCACCAUGUUCUGUGUGGCCUGCGACAAGCUGGGCGUGCCCCGACCAGUCUGCAUACAGAACGACUAUUCCCUCGCCAACCGGACCUUUGAGAGCGACGGCUACGAGAGUUGCCACCGCUUCGGCGUUGUCAGUUGCCACUACGGAGCUUUGGCAGGUGGUGUUCUCACAGGCAAGUACCUCAAGGAUUCGCCGUACGCGAAGAAGGAUCCUGGCCGCUCCCUGUCCGACUGCCGGCACAAGGCGAAGCCCGGGUUCCAGCCCCGCUACGGCUUCAAGACGACCAUGGAGGCGGCCGACCGCUAUCGGGCGAUUGCAGAGCGCAUCGGCCUGACCCCCACGGAAUUGGCCCUUGCCUGGGCCAAGCAGCGGCCGUUCGUGGGCUCGGUAAUCAUCGGCUCAACGACGGUGCGCCAGGUGGAGGAGUGCGUGGGCGCCUUCUUGAUCAAGGAGCUCCCAGAGGAGGUGAUGAAGGAGAUCGACGAGAUCCACGAGGAGCGACCAAACCCAUCCAUGCAUUAUGCGCUCAAGGACGCCGUGGAAGGGGCCAAGUGGCUGGGCCCCUCUGCUGUGAGUGCCUGCGAUGCAUAG